CACCCCGGCGGAGGGACCGCGGCCCGGUCCGCGGCGUCUCCUGCACACCGGGCCGAGGCGGGCGGCGAGCCUGGCCGCGGGAUGACAGGUGAUGGGCGGGGAGGGCCGCGGCGCCCCUGCCCCCGGCAGCCCCCUGACAGUUUCCCGGCAGCUCCCCAGCUGCGGGGUAAGAGCGAAAUUAUGACAUUGCUGUUACAUAUUUUCCCCAUAACAUCUGGAGCAGAAGCAGGUCUUCACCAGAAUUUUUUUUCAGUCACCUAUGAAGCGCCAGAUUUCAAAGUUGCGCUUCUGCAAUGAAGAGAAGGAGACGGCUCGCUGCAAAUCUAAAUGAGAAGGUUCAUCUUGGCCAUGAGAAGGAUACUUCAAAUCAGAUUCUUGUAGUAGACUGUGAGCAAGAAAUUCUCUCCAAGUCAGCAGGAGUAGCUCCAGCGGAUCACCUUGAAUCUUCCCAAGAACUUUCACCAUCAUCAGAACAAAGAAAGCUCCUAAGCUCACUGCAGUAUAACAAAAAUCUGCUUAAGUAUUUAAAUGAUGAUAGACAGAAGCAUCCAUCAUUUUGUGAUUUACUCAUAAUUGUAGAAGGAAAAGAAUUUAGUGCUCACAAAGUUGUAGUAGCUGUUGGAAGUAGUUAUUUUCAUGCCUGUUUGAGCAAAAAUCCAAGCACUGAUGUUGUCACAUUAGAUCAUGUAACUCAUUCUGUCUUUCAGCAUUUACUUGAGUUUCUGUACACUUCUGAGUUUUUUGUAUAUAAAAAUGAAAUUCCAUUAGUGCUGGAAGCAGCCAAAUUUUUAGAUAUCAUUGAUGCAGUCAAGUUACUAAAUAAUGAAAAUGUUUCUAACAUACAGUCUGAAGUGAUAACUGAUGCCCCAACACCAGUAGAAACACUCAGUGAAUUGACUGGUAAACUGUUAAAUAGUCAUCAGUGCAGUUUUUGUGGCCGAAGCUUCUGUUACAAGAAGUCUUUAGAAAAUCACUUGACUAGAGCCCACAAAUCUCUUUCACUGGAAAGAAAACAUGGGUUAAAAAUGGUUGAGAAGGCUGACUUCUCCGCUAGGCGAUCUACAAGAAACCGUAAAUGUCCAGCUAAGUUUGAUAACAGUGACAAUGAAAGUGGUGACAUAUCUGACAGCAAUCUGGAAAAAGUCAGUUCUGACAAGGAAACAUCAGAUAAAAGCGAAUCUGAAGACAGCGGAAGUGAAUGCAAUGCUGAUGAAGAAGGACAGGAAGAGCAGGUAUCAGGUGAAGAUUCAGAUACCGAAGAUCAAAGUGAAAAAGAGCAUAAUGAUACUGAAGAGGGUUCUGAGGCAGUUGAUUCAAUGGGAAAUAUUCCUGAAGGCUUAGUCCCAGUAAUUGUUCAAACCAGUAGCAAAAAACUACUGCAGUGUCCUAAGUGUGACAAAAAAUUUGAUCGAAUAGGCAAAUAUGAGAGCCACACACGUGUACACACAGGUGAGAAGCCUUUUGAGUGUGAUAUAUGCCAUCAACGCUAUUCAACCAAGUCCAACCUGACAGUGCACAGAAAGAAACACGCUAAUGAUACUGACUUUCAUAAAAAGGAGCACAAAUGUCCCUACUGCAAUAAGCUGCAUGCAAGUAAGAAGACUUUAGCAAAACAUGUGAAGAGGUUUCAUCCAGAGAAUGUACAAGAAUUUCUUUCUAUCAAGAAGACAAAGAGUGAAGGUUGGAAAUGUGAUAUUUGUAAGAAAUCUUUCACUCGAAGACCCCAUUUAGAAGAACACAUGAUUCUUCACUCUCAGGAUAAACCCUUCAAGUGUACCUAUUGUGAAGAGCACUUUAAAUCACGAUUUGCAAGAUUGAAACAUCAAGAAAAAUUCCAUCUUGGGCCUUUUCCUUGUGAUAUUUGUGGCCGUCAAUUUAAUGAUACAGGAAAUCUGAAACGCCAUAUAGAAUGUACUCAUGGAGGAAAGAGAAAAUGGACAUGUUUCAUCUGUGGAAAAUCCGUUAGGGAACGCACAACUUUGAAAGAACACUUGAGAAUUCAUAGUGGAGAGAAGCCUCAUCUUUGCAGUAUUUGUGGGCAGAGUUUUCGUCAUGGAAGCUCUUACAGACUUCAUUUACGAGUCCACCACGAUGACAAGAGAUAUGAAUGUGAAGAGUGUGGGAAAACAUUUAUUCGGCAUGACCAUCUGACCAAACACAAAAAAAUACACUCAGGUGAAAAAGCACAUCAGUGUGAGGAAUGUGGAAAGUGUUUUGGCCGUAGAGAUCACCUCACUGUUCAUUAUAAAAGUGUUCAUCUAGGAGAAAAAGUUUGGCAGAAAUACAAAGCAACAUUUCAUCAAUGUGAAGUCUGUAAGAAGGUUUUUAAAGGGAAAUCAAGUUUGGAAAUGCAUUUUAGGACACAUUCAGGUGAGAAACCAUACAAAUGUCAAAUCUGUAAUCAGUCUUUUAGAAUUAAGAAGACAUUAACAAAACACAUGGUUAUUCAUUCAGAUGCUCGACCUUUUAAUUGUCAACACUGCAAUGCAACAUUUAAACGAAAAGACAAACUGAAAUAUCAUAUUGAUCAUGUGCAUGGAACAAAGGCUGCAGAAGAGGCAUUGACAUCUUCUUCUGAGGAAAAGCUAGUCUCCUUACCAGUACAGUAUGCGUCUGAUGACAAAGUUUACCAAACCGAGGCUAAACAGUAUGCGGAACAGUCAAAAGCAUAUCAAACAGAAGCCAAAACUUUGCUACAGAAUGUAUCUACAGAAGUAUGUGUGCCAGUGACUUUGGUACCAGUUCAGAUGUCUGAACCUCAGGCUGAUCUGGUGCAGCAUACUACUCAGCCGCAUGGCAUUCUUCCUCCACAACCUGAACAGGCAGAUUAUCAGCGAGCAACGGAUCUAUCGUUUCUAGAGAAAUAUACUCUCACUCCACAACCUGCAAAUAUUGUUCAUCCUGUAAGGCCUGAGCAAAUGUUGGAUCCUAGAGACCAGUCAUACCUUGGAACUUUACUGGGGCUAGAUGCAGCUCCUACUGUACAAAAUAUUUCAAACAAUGAACAUUCGUGACCUGACCAUAACAUUCCACCUAACUUUCUAAGCCAUUAGCCAACAGAAGGCUGAUAUGGCAAUUAAGAUUUAUAUUUUAUUUGGACUCAUGAGUCUUCUGCAUAGUUUUGGAAAAACAGGUUUGUUUACAUAAUAUUUGAACAUUUAGGCACACUUUUAUGCAUACUGAGAGAGUGUUUCUUGUGAUUUUAAGAGUUUUUAAAAUCUUACAGAUGGUCUUGUAAAAAAUAUGCUCUGAAAUAUCUUUUAAGGAUAGUUGAUGAAAAAUGUAAUUACAUAUCUACCUAUUAAUUUAAAAUUGUUUGCCUUUCUGCAUCUCACUUUGAGCGAAUGUCUUAAGUGUAAUAGAAAGCAUACUGGAAGAAUAAGGGCUAUGUCUAGUUCAUUAAAAGUCAUAAUGGGGGGACAGGAAUGUAAAACAAAAACUUCACAUUUUGCUUUACAUAUAAAUUAAAAUACAAUUGUAAUUGAAUCCUCAGACAUCUUUGGAAGAUUUAAAUUCUGCCUGACACUUAGACCUAGCCAUUGGACAUAGGAACUAGAUUCUUUGGGAAAGUGAUUCAGAUAUUCUCUAAAAUUACCUGGCAGGGAGCUGUAAAGAUUCCCCAAAAAAGAAAAUCAAGUGUAGAGAGAUUAGGCUACCAAAAUUUGGUCUCUUAUUUCUUCUUUGGUCUGUAAUAUCAGAUACUGAAUUGUGUGUAAGAACUUAGACAAUUGUACUGUCUAAUUUUCUAAAGUCAGUCCUAUAUAAUUUUAUAGUCAUUUUUUUUUCUUGCUUCUUUAUUCUUCCUUGUCUUCUAAAGUGUGCCCAACACUGUAACUUUGAGAGAAAUGGUAGUAUUUGCAAGAUCAUUUUAACCUAUGAACAAUAAUACAGGAUUGGCAUAGUUUAUCUUUGUUAGAGCAUAAAUUGUGCCAGGUCCCACCUUAGCAUGUUCAUUUUCAAGUUUUGUGAUGAAGAAGAAAUUUAAAAGUUAUUA